AGCGAAAGCGCGACACCGUGAGACCGAAGACUGUCGGGACGGACCGAUUGUUGACUCUUGAUAGAAAUUUGGCCAUUUGCUUUAUCAAUGUGGCGGGCGACACUUUGGUCAAGCGUGAAGAUGUUCGUCCUCGUCUUCGUUUUGUGCUUCGGGUUCGGCGCGCCAAUGAUCGCGAAUGACGAGACUCACACCCUGACGUACAUCUACACUCAACUUUCCGGGGGGGAGUCGCUCCCAGCUGGCGUGUACGACUUCUCGGCCAUGGGCGUGCUGGACGGUCACGUGAUUGACUACUAUGACAGCGGUACCAUGAAGAAGGUCCCCAAGCACCCUUGGAUGUCCAAGGAGUUGAGCGCCACCUACUGGGAGCAAGGCACCCAGUCUAGGAGGAGCAAACAGCAGUGGUUCAAGGUCAACGUGGACAUCCUGCUCGAGCGCAUGGGACACAACUGGUCGGACGUCCACGUCCUCCAGUGGUUGCACGGUUGCCACGGCGACCUGCAUCCCAACGGCACGGUGGGGUUCCGCGGCGCCGUGGACACGUACAGCUACGACGGCCUGGACUUCCUCUCCUUCGACUACAAGCAUGCAGAGUGGGUGGCGACGGCCCCCGCGGCGCUGGAGACCAAAAGGAAGUGGGACGGCGUGGCGCUCCUCAAGGACUACACGCGCGCCUACCUGAACAAGGAGUGCAUCACCUGGAUGGAGCGCUUCCUCGGGUACCGGAGGAACCACAGGCAGCGCACGCCGCCGCCCUCCGUGGACAUGAUCGGCAGGAAGGCACGCGCGCCGGGCACGCUGCUGCUGACCUGCCUGGCCAGCGGCUUCCCCCUCAAGGACGUCGUCCUGGAGAUCCGGAGGAACGGCCGCACGCUCGCCCGAGAGGACGGCGUGACGUCGUCGGGCGUGCGACCCAACGAAGACGACACCUUCCAGAGGCGCGACAGCGUGGAGGUCCUGGCGAGCGACACCGCCCAAUUCACGUGCGUCCUGCGACAUCGCGCGACCGGACUUCACAUGGAAACGCUUUGGGAUGGCAAGAUCUUGAGCGCUCCCGCAGCUGACGUGGUUGGCGGCUUCAUUGCUGGCUGCGGCUCGGUGGCGGUCCUCGCGGCUGCGCUGGGCUGGUUUUUGCGCAGGAAGUUCAAAGGUGCUCCUGACAAGGCCAGUGACAGGGCGGAUCGCCUCCAGCAAUUCAAUAGCAAGCAAGGCCUUCUCCCGCUGGCCGCCGACCGGUCUUUGGACUCUGACGCCUCCUCCGGUUCAGCUGCCACUUCGCAGUACUCGCUGACGGCAGACGCAGGCGGGCAACCCCAUUGACCUCUGGACCAGUGACGUCAUCGGUGUGCACGGGCUCGCCUCCGCUUCGCUUCGGGAGCUCCUUCUCAAUCAACGAUCGUGUUUG